AUGGAGCGUCGAAAGCAACUCACUCCAGAAGCGAGGCUCGAGGAGGAUGGGCAAGCACUUUUGUAUUGUAUCGAAGAGCCCGAUGCCGUGCACAGGAGUGUCUCUAUGGUCCCUCUGAUGGCAUUUAUGCUGCCGAAAUUCACGACAAAUACCGCAUCGCGCUCGAAUGGGAUGGCCGAUCCCCCCCUGAAUAUUACCAUGUUCGAUGCAUGGAAUGCAUGA